CGCUUAGCGCAGCGGACGUCGCUGCCGGCUGAGUUGUUCGAAUUAUUGUUGAGACUUUGUGCUGUCGACGAAAAUAUUUUAAGUGUGUGUGUGCGCGCGUGUGUGCGUGCGUGUAUGUGCACUAUGUCAAUGCAUCACAUUGACAGCAAACAGGACACAAAGGAUGCCAGGCUGCUGCUGCCGGCAUUUGUGCCGCCGCGUGCGCCAUUGCAAAAGAUUUUCAUUGAUGAUUUGACGGCGACGCAUUCGCUGGAGCGACGACGACUCUGGCAUGUGCCCUGGUUCCUAUUGUUGAUGUCCCUUGUGCAGUUAUCGCUGCAUCUGAUUGUCAAUGGUUGCAUGCAGCGGCGUCUCAUCUACAAACCGGAGCUGGGUCACGAAUAUUGGCGCUUCUUUACAUACAUGCUGCUCCAUGCGGAUACCUGGCACUUGUGGAUCAACAUGUGUCUGCAGUGCUUUAUUGGUGUCUGGCUGGAAUUGGAGCAGGGUCAUUGGCGUGUGGGCGUGGUCUACAUUACGGGCGGCAUUUGCGGCGCAUUGGCCAAUGCCUGGCUGCAGCCGGAGCUGUCAUUGUUGGGCGCAUCGGCGGGCGUCUAUGCCUUGCUGUGCAGUCAUGUGCCGCACCUGGUUUUGAACUUUUCACAAUUGUCGCAUCGGUUUUUGCGCAUUGCCGUCUUGUUGAUUUUGUUUGCCAGCAAUGUGGCAUUCACAAUUUUUCACUAUUGCAUCAAUCACAAUCUCAAUCCCCGCAUCAGCCUGGAGGCCCAUCUGGGCGGGGGCGUGGCCGGCUUGUUAAGCGGCUUCCUCGUCUAUCGGAGAUGGCAGCGUCUCGACUCUCUCGGCCCGCAAAUGCGUAAUAAUCUAACUAAUUGCUAAGACUAUAAUUAGAUAUUUGUUCUGUUUUGUAGCAUUAAUUUAGUCUUAACAUUUGCAAUGCCAGUCAAGUCCGCCGGAAAAAGCGAAUUAAACAAUUUUUUGCUUA